GCAAAAGCUUUAUAACUAUAAAUGUACUAAAAUGUACUUAAAAGUAUGGCGACGACGUUGGCAACUUAUCCAGUAAUAAAUGUCGAACGACAAGUAUUUCAAAGUAGUAGAACCGUGAUCCUAAGCUAGCAUAGACAUCGCUGUGUUUACACUGGCAGACGCUGUGCAAACCACUUCCGGCGGAAAUAAAGUGCAUAUUUGUAGAGUCAUGGCGGCCCCCUAGUUUUGGCGCGUAAACUAGUCAGCAUAUCAUGCCUAAGGAGCCUAUCUCUCACGCAAUGAGCAAUUAAUUCGGUUUCAUGUUAAAUCCUGCUAAUUAUUCUUGCACCUUCUACAACAGGUUCCUGUAGUAAAAAGCGGGUACUGGGUUCACAGUUACAAAGUGUAUGGGGGCGAACACUGAAAUGUGUGUCCUGGUGUCUGUAGGCAGUGCUGGUGCCUCCUCUACCUGGAGUGCCAGGAAAAAGCUCACACACAGGACCUUGGCUCCUGCAUGCGCCUGUUCAGCACCAUGCCCUUCUCGGCCUGCAACAUGGGCACCUCAGCACCUGUGACUAUGCCAGCCGCAACGACAAGUCCUACUGGUUUUCCACUACGGCAGCUGUGCCCAUGAUGCCUGUGGCUGGCGAAGAGAUGAAGGAGCACACCAGCCGCUGUGUGGUGUGUGAAGUGACCUCCCCGUCCGCAACUAUACACAGGACACCAGCACGCCCCAGUGCCCCCCCAAAUGGAGGAGUUUGUGGAUGGGAAUCUCUCCUUAUGCACACAGGCGCUAGUGAUGAGGGGGGUGGGCAGUCUCUGACAUCGUCUGGAAGCUGCCUCUGAGACUUUCGUGCCCAGCCAUUUGUGGAGUGCCAGGGACCGCGUGGCACGUGCCACUACUUUGCCAACAUCUACAGUUUCUGGCUGACGCGUGUGGACAGGAGCGGACAGUUCAGCUCCUCCUCACAGGCCAUGCUCAAGGAUGAGAGGCAGCAGCGCCUGAAUGUGGGGCGCUGCAACGUUUGCAUGAAGGAGUAGUCCAGUCCUUCUCGGUCGGGUGCCUUCAAUAAGAUGCACCCCCAGAGCUCCCUGCACAUAAGGAGCCCAGCCUUGGUAACCACCACCGACCCCCUGAGCACCUCUGCACAACCAGACGGCCUCCUGGCCGGCCUCCAGAACUGCCCUGGCCUUCGUCCCUGCCCCCCGGUCGUCCUCCCGACCUCCCCCUUCCCCCACUGUCCCGUUUUCCCCGUUGCCCCCCGACUACAUUCAGGAGAGAGGAGGAUAUCUCCCUGAGGAUCAGGUCAAGAAAACUGUUAGAGAUCACAGAGCACAGACCCUGGAUCCAGAAAAGCUGUCAAAAGAAGGUUGGAUCAAGGUUCUUAUGGAGCCAGAUGAACACCGGAUUGGACGGGAGCAGACGUGUUAAUGAUGUUGAACAAAGAUGAAUGAAGCUGACAAGUCCAUGAUAAUUGGACACCUGAAUGAAUGAUGCUAGUGUGGAAAAACAGAAGGGAAGACCAAGGAAGACAUCUCCCAGAGGAUCAAGCCGAAGAUAUCUCCCAGGGAUUUCCAAGCCAUAUGAACCUACAGAAGGAGGCGGUUUGGCAAAGACCUGCCCACUCUGGAGGGAAUUCUGCUCCACCCUUGGCUGCAGUGGUCCAGCCCCUCCCCUUCACCUCUGGGAACACACCAUGGGAUCGUUUGAGGUGAAGUACGAGGAACUGAGCUGUCUUGGCCAAGGUGGCUUCGGCUCAGUCUACGCUGGACUCCGUAUAGAUGACAAUCUGCCUGUGGCAGUCAAGCAUGUUCCCAUUGAUAAGGUGAUAAAUACAACUGUGACCUUGCGUGGGAAGCUCCGCCAGCUCCCCCUGGAGGUGGUGCUCCUACUGAUUGUAGGACAGGGUGGGGCAGACAUGGCUGAGAAGGCCAGGGGUGAGGAGGUGAGGGGUGAGGCCAGGUUUGGAGACGGUCAGGCAGCAGUGGAGCUGCUGGACUGGUACGAGCUGGACCAAGAGCUCAUUAUAGUUCUGGAGAGGCCUGUACCCGCCGUGGAACUGUUUGACUAUAUCCAGGAGAGAGGAGGAUGUCUCCCAGAGGAUCAGGCCAAAGUCAUUCUGAGGCAGCUGGUUGAGGCCAUGGUCAAUUUUCACUCUUGGGGUGUCCUCCACCGAGAUAUUAAGCCAGAGAACCUUCUGGUCGAGACCGGAUCUGCAGUUCCACGGAUUAGGGUUCUGGACUUUGGCUGUGGCUGCAUUAUUCAAGAAGCACCCUACACCGAGUUCCUUGGGACCAAAAUGUACAUCCCUCCUGAAUGGUACCUCCAUGGCUCCUACCAGGCGGUUCCAUCCGCUGUCUGGCAGCUGGGGGUACUGUUAUACAACGUGCUGUCUGGGAUAUUCCCCUUUCGCACACCCGACCACGUCCUUUAUUGUGAUCCUAUCCCUACCAUGGAUGGGUUUUCCAGCCGUAAGACACACGCGCCAGCCCGUGCUGCCCAGCACCGAGCCCUCUGCUCCUCCUGAGCCCCCGGCAGAGUCCUGGCCGACUCCAGUACCCCCAGAGCUCGGUGCACAUAAGAAGCCCAGCCUUUGUCACCACCACCGACCCCCUGAGCACCUCUGCACAUCCAGACGGCCUCCAGGUCUGCCUCCAGAGCUGCCCCGGCUUUUCACCCUGCCUCCUGGCCGGCCUCCAGAACUGCCCUGGCCUUCGUCCCUGCCCCCCGGUCGUCCUCCCGACCUCCCCACUGUCCCUUUCUCCCCCCGUCGCCCUCCA